CGGGUGUGUCCAGGUAGUCUCCAGCCGCGCGCUCUCGCUGCGUCCAAGGCGGAGUUCCUAGUUCCCUUUGCAACCCGUCUGCUUCCGCGCGACCCCCGGCUCGGCUCUUUUGCAAGAAAGAGUCAAAGUCCGGGCCUCGGUGCCUCGCGAGUGUCCGAGCAGGCUGGGCGCGCUGGCCCUGGGCGGCUGGGCACGCGUGCGGGCGGGGUGGGGACCCGGGUCGAGAGGGACCCCGGCGGCGUGCGGGGGCUGCAGGAAGCAGGGGCGGCGGCCGCUCGGGCCCCGGCUCGGCGGGGUGAGAGACACCCGGAAACGGAUUCCUCUUGGGUGCCCGCGCGAGGCGGGCGUCUCGCAGGGAGCGGGAGGAGCAGGCGGGCGGGCGGCUGCUGAGUAAUCCCCGCGGCGGGCGGCGGCGGCCUGGGCGCUCACGUCCCCCGCCGCGCUGCAGCCGGCCCGGCUCCUCCCUCCUCCCCCGGCCCGCCCCGCCCCACGCCGCCCCUCCCCCGCCCCGCUCGGCUGCGCGGCGCUCCCGGCAGGUAGAGCCGGGCUCCGGGCGCGCGGGGGCCGCAGCAGCUGCCGCCCCACCUCUCCUCGGCCCUGCGCACAGCCUCGCGCGCCCAUGGCCGGCUCGGAGCAGCAGCGGCCGCGGCGGCAGGACGACAGAGACUCGGCCGCGGCGGCGGCGGCGGCGGCGCCCCUGCAGGACGCGGAGCUGGCCCUGGCCGGCAUAAACAUGCUGCUCAACAACGGCUUCAGGGAGUCGGACCAGCUUUUCAAACAAUACAGAAAUCAUAGCCCAUUGAUGAGUUUUGGAGCCAGCUUCGUCAGUUUUUUGAAUGCCAUGAUGACAUUUGAAGAAGAAAAAAUGCAGUUGGCAUGUGAUGACUUAAAAACUACAGAAAAGCUGUGUGAAAGUGAAGAGGCUGGAGUAAUUGAAACCAUCAAGAAUAAAAUUAAGAAGAAUGUCGAUGUCCGAAAAUCCGCCCCCUCCAUGGUUGAUCGGCUUCAGAGGCAGAUAAUCAUAGCUGACUGUCAGGUUUACCUGGCUGUUCUCUCAUUUGUAAAACAAGAAUUGUCAGCCUAUAUAAAAGGUGGGUGGAUCCUUAGGAAAGCCUGGAAGAUUUACAAUAAAUGCUAUCUGGACAUCAAUGCCCUCCAGGAGCUGUAUCAGAAGAAGCUAACUGAAGAGCCCUUGACUUCUGAUGCUGCAAAUGAUAAUCACAUUGUGGCUGAAGGGGUGUCUGAGGAGUCUCUAAACAGACUGAAAGGUGCUGUUAGCUUUGGAUAUGGCCUUUUUCACCUUUGCAUAUCCAUGGUGCCCCCCAACCUGCUCAAAAUCAUCAACCUGCUGGGUUUUCCUGGAGACCGCCUGCAAGGGCUUUCUUCACUGAUGUAUGCAAGCGAAAGUAAGGACAUGAAGGCCCCUUUAGCUACAUUAGCUCUGCUCUGGUAUCAUACUGUGGUCCGCCCAUUUUUUGCCUUGGAUGGCAGUGAUAACAAAGCAGGCCUGGAUGAAGCAAAGGAAAUUCUUCUCAAAAAAGAAGCUGCUUAUCCAAAUUCUUCCCUCUUCAUGUUUUUCAAGGGACGUAUACAACGAUUAGAGUGUCAAAUCAACAGUGCCUUGACUUCUUUCCAUACUGCUUUGGAACUUGCGAUAGAUCAGAGAGAGAUCCAGCAUGUCUGUCUGUAUGAAAUCGGUUGGUGCAGCAUGAUAGAGCUGAAUUUCAAGGAUGCAUUUGAUUCCUUUGAGAGGCUGAAAAAUGAGUCCAGGUGGUCCCAGUGCUAUUACGCCUAUUUAACUGCAGUUUGUCAGGGAGCCACCGGUGACGUGGAUGGGGCGCAGAUAGUGUUCAAAGAAGUUCAGAAGCUCUUCAAAAGGAAAAACAAUCAGAUUGAACAAUUCUCAGUGAAAAAGGCAGAGAGGUUUCGGAAAGUAGCUCCCACCAGAGCAUUGUGUGUACUGGCCUCCAUCGAAGUGUUAUACCUGUGGAAAGCCCUCCCCAACUGCUCCUUCCCCAACCUGCAGAGGAUGAGUCAAGCUUGCCAUGAAGUGGAUGAUUCAUCUGUUGUUGGAUUAAAGUAUUUGCUUCUUGGUGCCAUACACAAAUGUCUGGGAAACUCAGAAGAUGCUGUUCAGUUCUUUCAGCGCGCUGUUAAAGAUGAGUUGUGUCGUCAGAAUAACUUAUACGUCCAGCCAUAUGCUUGCUAUGAACUUGGCUGUCUUCUGUUAGACAAACCGGAGACUGUAGCAAGAGGCAGAACUCUACUUCUUCAAGCAAAGGAGGAUUUCUCUGGCUACGACUUUGAAAACAGAUUGCAUGUCCGCAUCCAUGCUGCUCUGGCCUCCCUGAGGGAACUGGUUCCUCAGUGAUAGACUCGGACUUCCUGUUCUGUCCCUCCCUACCAGGUUCUGCACUUUAAAAUGAAAGCAGAGGACACAGCUCUUCUGGAAGCCCGAAGACCGGCUUUUCUUCUGAAAACCACCUGUGCCAGGGACACAUUUUCCCAGUUAGGCUGACAUAUUAAAGAUCUCCUCUUUUAAACAUAUAGCUAAAAAGUAAUAAUAAUGAGGAUACUAGUAAUUAUAACUAACCACCUGGGGAGAGGGUUAAGUGACCUUGUUCAAACAUUUUAGUUUUGUGAUUUAUUAUUUUUAAAAUAAAAGCAAACUAAAUAUUCCACCUGUGAUCUUCUAGGAACGCCUACCUUAAGCACACAUCCGACUGCAUAUAACACUAGGAGGCACCUGUAAAAUUAUCAACAGUAUUAUGACAUAGCAUUUAUAUUGUGUUUUGAAAAAAAAUAAAAGUGCUUUCUAGUGUUUUAUUUUAUCCUCUAACUUGUGAAUAACAUAGCACAGAUAUUCUUAUUCCCAUUGUCUAGACAAACUCAGGCACAAAAAGGCUAAUUGAUCCCAAUCAAUUAUUCCUGUUAUCAGUGGAGCAGUGAAUAGAACACAGAUCUCUUGGCCACAGACAGAAUAUUCUUGUAAAACAAAAUGUGUUAAUAACCCAGAAUUUCAUGUUUUCCUUAUUAAAACACAAAUGCGCUUCAGCUGAA